CACAAACACAAAUUCCUUCAAUAUCUUCACAUAUUUCAUCCUCUCUACUCUAAUUUUUUGAGUUUUCUUCACAAUGGGCAAAGACAAGAACAGGGCAGGCACCUCCGGAAAAUCCAAGUCCAAAUCCCGGGCUCCAUCCACGACCUUCAAGGAACGCCUCUACUACGGCGAUGGAUCGUACCUCUGGUUCGAUUCCGAGGAGGAGCGCACCCGAUUUCUCACCUUUUUCUCCAAACGGGUUGUGGCUCCCCCACGAAUCAUCCCAGAGCGCUACCCGGAAUUGCAGGGCUACGACGACCUCGACGCGCAGCUUCAUCAAGCCGGCCUUUGGCAGUUCGUCUCCCGGGCGCGCAAGGAGAUCAACCCGGCGCUGAUCCGGGCCUUCUACUCCAAUCUCCGGCGUGAGGACGACGUGCUCUACUCGCUCGUCAAGAGCACGCCGAUCGAGCUCACCGUGGAGCAGCUUGGGCGCAUCGCCGGCCUCCCCUUCCAAGGCGACGAUGUGUCUCACUAUGGUGGCGAGGAUUGGGUGCUCAACAACGAGGGCCUUAUCCUCAACGAGCUUGGCAUCACCGAGCUCAAACGCCAUGCCUCGGGACGCCCAACCAUCCACUCCGCCAACCCCGANCAACUCCUACUCUUUCAUUGCAAAUCAUUCUUUAAUUAUUCAUAGCUUUUGAGAGCCAUUUUUGUGAAGCUUGUGUCGUGUUCUUGAGCGUUCUUAGUUUACUCAAUAUCCACUCUAAAAAGAGAGUAUUGUUCUUGAGUGUUUUUAGUGUUCUUAGACACUUGACAAGAGAAGGUAUUUCUCUUGUUGUUCGAAGGAAGGGUUGUUUCCUUCGAAGGUUCGUUGAGAAUCGUGUGACUCGAACUCUCAAGUUGUACGGGUUUGUUAAGCACCGUUAAGCUUAACGAGAUAGUAGUGUAGCUCGAGAGAGUCUCUCGGGAGGCUGGAUUAGCCACAAGUUGUGGUGA